AUGUCUGAUUGCUGGGGUAGCUGGCGAAAAGAAAGGCACCGUGCGAUCCUCCGCAAGAAGAUCCAGGCAUCUCAGAAGACCGAUGCCUGUCUGUUGCGCGGAGCGGACUUUUCGUUUGUGCUUGACCACCUUUGGCAUGGAGCAGGCUCUGGAGGAAGUCCGGUAACGUGGGGCGACUAUGUGAACUCACGAUGUUUGGUUUUGCCUAUACCCGCCGAGGUAUGA